UCGUCGUGUAGUCAUUGUCAAAUGUUGUCCGGUAUUCACAAUUUGGAAUUAAUUGCUUAACUGAGCUAUACCUGUAGAAAAAGUUUUUAUAGAAAAUGUCGUUGUUUCCCGCAUACGACUGCAAAGGACAAAAAACAGCCAGUGCCGGUUCAGACAAAAGGAAGAGAGACGACAGUGAAGAUAAUGACGCUGGUGGAGAUUGGCAGCGCAAUGCCAGUUACGAUGUGCCAAACGUGCAGCCCAGGGCCACUCCAUUUCCAAUAUCGGCGGGCAAUGAAUGCCUUACCUACAACAUUUCAGACUCCUCGUCCAAUGACAGUAACAGUGAUAAGAUCGAGGACUGUCCCAGCAGCUCAUCCCUUUAUAAAUUGCCGGAAUUGGAGUUCGACAGCACCGACGAUUUCUACGUGGAUAAAAGUAAGGGAAUUUUUAAUAUUAGCGACUUGCCGAAGCUUUUGAGGCCGCGCUACAAGGUCAUAUUGCGCCGACUAAAUGAUCCGGAGCGUAAGUACAGGCCGGAUGGGGCCGGACGCAGGCGUGUUUUCUCCUGGAGACGUAUCUUCCAGCCGGAACAGCCUUUACAGAACACGGAAGAGGAGACUUCACGAUUGCGUGAACGCAUCAAGAAAGUACGAGAAAUUGUCGCAAAUGAACCACACAGUUUGAAGCUCUGGGUCGAGCUCUACGAGCUACUUGGCCGUAAUCCCGACAAAUUAAAUCGCUUGACACUCGCGGAGGGUCAGCUGCAUAUGCUGGAAACUGCCUUGAGCCACAAUGCUUCCAAUGAGGUACUUCUGCACCUGUACGUAGAAACCGCGAAUGUAACAUAUCCAGCUAGCGAGGUGGCCAUUAAAAUAGAAAAACUUCUAGAGAAGGAUCCGUUUGCCUACACAUUGUGGACAUCGUUAAUAAUGACCACACAGGGCACUAUGGCGCGCUGCAAUGUGCCGGACGUGUUAUAUAUCUAUGAGAGGAGCAUGCGUCGCAUGCAUUUAGGGCUGGCAGACCAGCCAUCUGGGUCGAAUCAAUUGAUCGUUGAUACGGAUGCCGUCAUGCUAAAGUUGUUCCACAAUUGUAUCCUUUUUCUGCGUCAAUCGUCGAACACUGGUCACGUUUUUGCGUUAAUGAAGCUCGCCAUAGAGCUGAAUGUGCCGGGCCUAAAUGUCAAUUGCCUGGAAGCUACACCCAACGAUGAGCGCCCUCUCAUCGAAUUUGAGGAACUGGUGCUGACGUCGGGCAUGCCAAUGCCUGAGAUUUGGACGCGCAUCGAGCGUCUGCGUCAGGCCUUCAACUUUCUACCAUAUCCGCAAUCGGCACUUUCAGACGAUAGUCAGCACAUUACGAAUCUUGAUCCGCAACGCUGCAUAUAUAACGACGAUGUCUGUCACUAUAUCUAUCCGCUUAAGUCGGAGCACAAUAAGCUACAUCUCCUACUGCUCAUUGUCCAGCUUAUGAAGAUGCCAUUUAUACGCACCAAUUGUCUGGCCGAGCGUUUGUGCGCGCGCAUCGAACAGAUCGGUGAUUCAGACGCCAUCGAGAUGAUGUUGGCCAACUUGGGCGAUCGACCAACCUACGUCUUUCCAUUAAAUCGCGACGAUGACUUCACCAACACGAUGCUCAGCCUGGCCAAGGAAAUGAGCGUCAGUCCCACCUUCAUGCCCCACUCCAUUGGCAACGAACUGUAUUCGCAGUGCAUCAGUUCGUUGCUCCUCAAAUGUGCCGAAGCCUUUACCAAACCGGACGACGAGAAAAGCCGCCGCAUUUUCAUUAUCUUGUGGUUCCGUUUUGAGCGUAUGCGAAUUGUGCUGCACAAGUUGAAUAACAAGCUUGGGGAGCAGAUGCUUCACGACGCCCGCUUACGUAUACGACAGUUGUUACGCCAUCCGCACAACAGACGUCUGAUGCGUUUCUACACGGAACUGGGCAUGUUUGAGUUUGAACUGCUGGACCCAGAUAUGACUGACGAGUGCCCCUUUCGUAUUUUCGAGAACAUUAUUAUCUCACAGUGUGACUACGAUGCUAGUUUUAAGGACGCAGAUCUCAUGCAUGCCUAUGUGGUGUACGCCGAAAUGCUGUUCGCACGCAAUAAACGUGAAGAAGCACUCUAUGUGUUAACCUGCCUGGCCAUGGAACGUCAUGCCACAAUCAACAAGGACUUGGCGGCAUUACAGCGGGAAUACGCGUUGGAGCACAAUUUAAAACAGCUGACUGAGGAGCUGAAUGUCAUCAAAGCAUUGCCCCCCACUAUGUCGUUACAGGAUUAUUUCGCGACGAAUAGAUUUCUGCUACUGGUUCGUGCGCGCUGCCUGAUGCUAUGCAUGUUGGGCCGUCGUAAGGAAGCUUGCGAGAUGAUUCAAAGCAUAAUCUACAGUUUUCCUACCAAAUCGAAUGCGGACGAAUGGAACUGCUUUUUACGUGAACAACUACUGGAGACAGAGUUGAUCGUAUUGCAACUACCGCUUCCGACUCUAGGAUCGAUUUCGCUGGUAAGCUCGUUGAAUACAUCCGGCAGGUACCUGGUGAGCUUCCUCGAGCAGGCAUUGUCAGAGUUUCCGCGCAAUCUCGCCUUCCUCCAGCGCUGGUCAACGUUGGGAACGCUGCCCUGGUAUAAGUUGCGCGGGCGGCUCAUCCAGACAAAGGCCGGCAUUCUAUCCCUAAUGUUCAUGAUUUUAGCGGCACGCUGUCGUUUUUUGCUGGCUGUCGAAGACAACGCGGACGAUUAUCAGCAGAGCCAGAACCUGAAAAAUGUGGUUCGCAAUCGCAUUCGUAGUAUGUUUGAAACGUUUUUGCCCACGAAUACGCAUCGAUCCAAGGCCGAGUCAGAUCAGUAUGAGAUUCUUCGCCGAAACUCGCUGUACUGGCGCUGUUACCUACGAUGUCUAUCCGAUAAGCAUACCUCUUUCGAGACCAGCAAGCAGUGCCUUCUCGUCGCUUUGGACGAAUGUCCAUGGGACAAAGCCCUGUAUAUGGAUGGCGCCACCUAUGUGCCUCAGGAGCUGGGGCACCUGCAGGAUGUGAUGGUCGAGAAGCAAAUCCGCCUCUAUGCCAUUCCCGAGGAACUGGACGUACUACGUGAAACCUGAUGUGAUUUAUUGUUUAUCUUAAUAUUUAUUGUAGCAAUAAAUAGCUGUUAAUAUGUAACAAAAAAAAUAAAAUAGUUGAACAAGUAA